CCCAACUCAUUUCGGGACGAACUCACCGAGCCUAUUGAAACGAGUAAAGAUGGAGCACGGAGGACAGCUGAAUCAUCGAAGGCCGUGAGAAAAGUAGGUUGUCUGUCGAUUUCUUCCCAAUCCCGUCGGUGGCUUGAAGCGGGCUGUGGCGGCGAAGAUGAAGACGACUAAGGGAGGAAAGGUCAUGAACCCUACGGAUGCCUAUCGGAAGGAGCUCCGGAAGAAGGAGCUCAAGAGGAAUAAGAAAGAAAGAAAAAAGGUGCGGGAAGUUGGGAUUCUUAAAAAGGAUCCUGAGAGCAUUAAAGAGCAGAUUGAGAAGCUGGAAGUGAUGAAGGCAGAUGGUGCUUUGGAUAAGGCUAGGAAGCACAAGAAGCGACAACUUGAGGACACAUUAAACUUGGUUAUGAAGAAGAGGAAGGAGUACGAAGACAAAAUGCGUGAAAAGGGAGAGUCUCCAGUUAUGUUUAGCCACUUGGGUCCCCCCCGGAGAAGAUCAAAUACAGAGGAGGAUGAGAGAACUAAGCAACCAAAGCCAGAGGAUUCAGUUUAUUACCAUCCCACUCUUAAUCCAACUGGGGCUCCACCUCCUGGAAAGCCACCUAUGUAUAAAUCAUCAAUAGGACCCAGGAUUCCUUUGCCAGCUUCAUCAAGUGCAGGACCAUCUUCUUCUAAGUCAGAGCCUGAAGAAAUCAGUUUGUCUGUACCUCCUCCACCACCCCCACCACCACUGCCAGACUCUGGGAAACUUACUUCUGGAGAUGAUUCUGAUGCACCUUCAUCCAUACCUUUGCCUCCGCCACCUCCGCCACCCCCUAAGUUGGCACCUUUAAGCGGGUUAAUGCCUCCACCACCUCCAGGUCCCCCACCUAAAGGAGCCACGGUGGCUAAUGCAUCGUUACCGCCACUGCCGCCGCCUCCGCAGUCCCUUCAACGACCUUUUCUGCCACCUCCACCUGGCUUGGGUGGAAAUGCAAAUCCUAUUAAUGUGGCAUCAGAGGGCAUGAAUUUGAAGGAUGCUAAAGCCGUGCUUCCUCCGCCUCCGCCACCACCUGGUUUACCGCCAAAGCUGCAAUCUGGUGCUUCUCCAUCUGCUAAUACAGGCAAUUCUCUCCCUAAAAAUGAAAAUGCUAAGCUAAUCCCAUUGAUUCCACCACCCCCACCUCCUUUAUCCCAAGUAAUCCCAUAUCCCAAUAUGCAACCUGAUAUGAUGCCUCCUGGCAUGCCAAGGUUCCCUCCCCCACCCCCACUGGACAUGAGACCACCACUACCCAUCCCCGGACUUCCGAACAGGCCUCUACCACCACCACCUCCUGGCAUGGCUGCCCCACAAGUCCCAAGGCCACCUUUUCCUCCGCCACCUGGGCCACCUCCAUUGCUGAGACCUCCAAUGCCUCCAGGUCCUCCUAAUCAAGAUGAUGAUCUUGCCGCUUUCAAGGCCCCUGCUCCUCAAAAACCUUCUUAUGUAAAGUCUGCUGCAUCUACAGUUGUGAAAAGACCACUGGCGCAGCAUACCCCAGAACUCACGGCUAUGAUCCCUGCCUCUGUGCGUGUGAGGAGAGAAAGCGCGUUACCAAAAACAAAGCCUAAGCCUGUGUUUGCAGCCGCCCCUUUGCCUUCCCGGCCAGGCAUCACCGCUUCAAUUAGCAAGCCGGAGACGUCGGCGGCUGCUUCAGUACCAAAGCCACAAAGCAUUGAUGACUCAUAUGUGGCUUUCUUGGAAGACAUGAAAGCGUUGGGUGCUCUCGACGGAUGAUGUAAAACAGUUUUUAGGGAUCAAAUUUAUAUUUGGUCAGUAUAUUUUAACUUUUCUUAAUUGGUUGAAGUUCAUGUUUCUUGACUGUAUUGAUACCUCCAGUGAUUUAUUCAGCUGGAUUGGCUUUCAGUCUUCUUCACUAACAGUAAAACUCUCUCUCCAUUUCUUCUCCCAUCUUGUAGAAUUCGUUCAUGGUAAAGCAGGGGUUGAUUUAACCAAUUGAUAUACAAAUCUUAUUGCUGUUGCAUGUGGACUUGAAGCUCUGUAAAUUUGAAUAUGAUGUAUAAUUGCUUCAAAUUGAUGCACAUGAGUGGAGGAAUGGUUUAAUUUUCCCAUGUUCUUCCCUUUU